UCCGUGAUAAUGCAUUGCGCAACGCCAGCGGUGUCCAUGUAACUGCCGGAACAAGUCGUAUUCUCUUCACCUCCUGUAUUCAUUAGACUCAUCCCAUAUCCUUUAAGCCUGGCCGGCGCGGGCGGCGACCAAAUGCCCACCCCAUCACCGUCCAGCAACGAGACCAUCGUUGCAGCGACAUCAUUACACUCCUCAUGCCCACCCGACGAUGACAGAGCGAAUUGGCGGGUUGCAGAUAUGGACGUACCUCAUGAUGAAGCAAUCGCUACAGCGCCAGAAGUACUUCAACAGCCAACUCCUCCACCUGCAGAAUCGCGGCCAGCCGGUUCAACGGAUACGCACAUUGCAUCACAGCAUAACACCAAAGAGAUGGAUGUCGACGAGGAUAAUAGUGGGCCAGAUAUGCUGUCUCCCAUGAGUGCAGAGGGAGAUAAGCAAGAAGAGAGUGAGCUGCCUGCAUUGUCGAAUACGGACCUUGGAUCUCCUUCUAUGGGCUAUGAUUUUUCAAACAUACGACUCAUCCCCUCCUCGCCUUCUUCUUUUCUGCGCGCCGGAAGCAAGUUCCAUGGAACUCAACAAUCGGAGCGCCAAGUCUACGAUGUGCAGGUCGAGAUCAAGCAUGUGGAUAUGAGAGAAUCGUUUCUCUGCGGAUACUUGCGUAUUCAAGGAUUGACGGAGGAUCACCCAACUCUCACUACUUACUUCGAAGGAGAAAUAAUUGGAUCCAAAUACAGUUUCCUCACGCAACAUCAGGAUUGGGGAUCCACCGAUAAGGUGGACCUACAACAUUGGGCCAAGUUCUCGGCCUUCCGACCAUUUCACAGUAAGGCCAAGAAAGGCCAUUUUCACAUCCCGCAACUGGCACAACGAGAGAACAUAUUCAUGAGAUGGAAAGAGCAUUUCCUCGUCCCAGACCAUAGAGUGAGAACGAUCAGUGGUGCUAGUUUUGAAGGUUUCUAUUACAUCUGCUUCAACCAGAUACAAGGAACAGUAAGCGGGAUAUAUUUUCACGCCAAAAGCGAGAAGUUUCAACAACUAGAGCUGAAGCACGUUGAAGAUAGGGGAUGUUUCGCAGCAAUGGAGUUUCGAUGAAUGACGAUGGCAUGAAUAGCGUGUGUUGAUUUGGAAAAUAGUCUGAGGAAAGGCUACUUUCUUAGCAAGAAUUAGGGGCUUGUAAAUGAGGCAUGGCAUCUGGGAUUAAGGGCGAAUGCGUAAGGGCUCCCAAAAGGGGAUCUAGCAUUCAUGGAGUUCGAUUUGUUUUUACAUCCGUUUGGAGUUAUUUUGUAUGCACAGUGCAGCUCUUGACUCUGUGAAUAUUCAAGCCCAAAUAUUCUGCAAAAUAUUCGAAUCUGAAAAAAUAUCAGUAUAUCAUCUUGAAGAAA